AUGCAAGAGACAUCAUGCCAUUUUUUGACUCUGUUCUUUUGGCAGUGCUUGUGUUUGUUCUGCUCUGGCUGCUCAGCAGAAAACAGUCCAGACAGAUGUGUUUACCCCCAGGACCUACUGGCCUUCCCCUUGUGGGAAACCUGUUUCAACUGGACAGGAAGGCACCGUACAAAUCUGUGGUUAAGCUGAGUGAGAGUUAUGGCCCUGUUAUCAUGGUGAACACCGGAUUGCAGCGCGUUGUCUUUCUGAUUGGAUAUGAUGCAGUAAAGGAGGCUCUGGUGGACCAUGCAGAUGACUUUAUUGGGAGAGGACCACUACCUUUCUUAGUCAAAAUUACCAGGGGCUAUGGGCUGGUUAUCAGUAAUGGAGAGAGGUGGAGGCAGCUGAGGCAGUUCACUCUGAGCACACUGAGGGACUUUGGGAUGGGACGCAAAGGAAUGGAGCAGUGGAUCCAAGAGGAGAGCACACAUUUAGUGGAGCGAAUCAAAACAAUGAAAGGUGGACCUUUUGAUCCCACUUUCUUUCUGAGCUGCUCUGUGUCCAACAUCAUCUGCUGCCUGGUUUUUGGCGAGCGCUUUUCCUAUGACGACAAACACUUUCUCCGCCUCCUGCAGCACAUCUCUCAAAUACUGAUAUUGAUAAGCAGCCCCUGGGCAGUGUUGUACAACAUAUUUCCUCGGUUGAUGGAGUGGUUGCCCGGCGGCCAUCAAAAAGCAUUUAAAAGAAUUGAAGAGCUCAGAAAAUUUGUAAUUGAGAAGGUGAAAGAGCAUGAAGACACUCUAGACCCAAACUCCCCAAGAGACUACAUCGACUGCUUCCUUACGAGAGCCAUAAAGGAAAAGGGCACUUCCACUGAGUUCCACAAUGACAACUUGGUGUCCACUGUGUUUAAUAUGUAUAUGGGAGGAACCGAAAGCACCAGCUCCACUAUAAGAUUUGCUUUAAAUGUGUUCAUCAAGUAUCCAAAAAUACAAGAGAGAAUGCAGCAGGAGAUUGACAGUGUCAUUGGACAAGAGCGUUUUCCUUUUAUGGAAGACAGAAAGUCCCUGCCCUUUGUAGAUGCAGUUCUCCAUGAAGUCCAGCGCUUUAUGGACUUUGCACCUCUAGGAGCGCCACACUAUGCUCUUCACAACAUCACCUUUAGGGGCUAUACAAUACCUAAGGGCACAAUGAUUUUCCCAGUUCUGUACUCUGUUCUUAAAGAGGGCAAACAAUGGGCAACUCCCUUUUUAUUUAACCCUCAGCACUUUUUAGACCACAAUGACAACUUCAAGAGAAAUCCAGCCUUCCUUCCCUUUUCUGCAGGAAAAAGAGCUUGUGUUGGGGAGUCUCUUGCUCGUAUGGAGAUUUUUUUAUUCCUGGUGAAACUGCUGCAGCAUUUCACAUUUAGUUGUCCUGGAGGUCCAGACAGUAUUGAGCUGACUCCAGAAUUCAGCAGCUUUGCAAAUGUUCAUCGUAGAUACAACAUUAUCGCAACACCACGGUGAAAAAAUGCUUCCAGAGCCUGAUAGCAAAUCUACCUGAUAGUAAUAAUUCACACAUUUGUUUGGGGGAAAUCAACAUUUACUAAAGCUUGACACUGGCACAUUACUACUGUGACCCUCUAAGAUUAGGUUGGUGUUAGGGGCUACAUGAUUUUGGAAAUAACUCCAGGAGCAUCAACAUUUGAGAGAAGAGUUAAAAAUAACCUAAUAAAUAAACUAAUACAGGAAUCUCAUGCAUCUCUGGACUUGUUGUUAGUCUAAACUACAGGGACAACAGGAUAUUUUGUUCUUUGCAGAAAGGUUUCUAUUAUCUAAAUAACUGCAGCCUGUGAGAUUUAAUAAAUGUGCUUGCUCAAUUUACAA